GCUCUCUCUUUUCUUUUGUAGUGAAUUUUUCAUAGCUUAAUUUUUCUGGGUUAUUGUGAUUUUGUGGUCUCUGUAUUUGGGAUUUUUUGUUUGGGAAUUUUCUGUUAUUUUGUUGUGUGGAUUCUUGCAGGAAUUGGUUGUGUGGAUUAUGUGGUCUCUGUAUUGGAAAUUUUCUGUUACUUUGUUGUGUGGAUUCUGUGCACUCUGUAUUGGGAAUUUUCUGUUUGCAGGGAUUGGUUGUGUGGAUUAUGUGGGCUCUGAAUUGAGAAUUUUCUAUUUGCAGAAAUUUAUUGUCUGGAUUAUGUGAUUUCUGUAAUUUGUGUGGAUUAUGUGAUUUCUGGAUUAUGUGAUUUCUGUAAUUUGGAAAAACACACAAAACAAAGAUGGAAUAUUGCUAUAUUGCUAAAAAUGGUUAUAACAGCUAUUAAUAACCCACAAAAGAAUAGGACACAGUGGGGUCAUGUUGUUGAAGAUAUUAAAAAAGCCAGCUCUUGGUUCCAAACUUGUAGCUUCGGUCAUGUCUACAGGGAGGGGAAUAGUUUAGCCCAUUCUCUAGCUAAAAGAGCAGUUUUAUCUGCUGAUUUAGAUGUGUGGUUAGAAGAACUACCACAGGAUUUAAUUGAUGUAUUUCAAUCUGAUUUACCUUAAUAAAAUUGACUUACCUAUUCCUCAAAAAAAAAAAAAAAAAACCAUUAUUAAAAUCACACUCAAAACACUCACUGAAACGCUCUCUCUUCUUCUUCUCUCUCUGCAAAACCCUCAAAAAAUCCAAGAAUUCUUCAAAGACUCUCUUUGAAGACUUGGACUUUGUUUCUCUGUGUGAAAAUUGAAACAGGUCUUGAGUUUUUUUGUUUAGCUUUGUUGCUUUCUUGUUCCUGAGCUAAAAGAACAAGGGUGAGCUAGAGAGAGUGUGUGAGUGUGAGAGAGGAAAGAGAGGUUCUUGGAGUCAAACUGUGAACUGGGUUUGAUUCAAAAUGUCGACCCAGAAUCGCCGUUCGUCGUUUUCUUCAUCAACAUCUUCGUCUUUGGCGAAGCGACAAGCCUCGUCUUCGACAUUGGAGAAUCCCGGAAAGGCCACGAUGAUUGCACCUCGCUUGGCCAAGAAGCGAGCUCCACUUAGUAACAUCACCAAUGUCAAGAAUGUGGCUCACAUUGUUUCACGGAGCUCCGUUCCCUCUUCUACUUUGAUGCCAUCUGCAACUAAAAGUGCCAAGGCAAAGAAGGCACCCUCUGCUAGCGCCGGUAGCACGGCGUUUUCCAGGACCAAUUUUCCUGCAUCCUUGAAUGUUAAAUCAAGUGUACUUGUUCCUUGUAGCAAGGUUACAUCUUUCCCUAGAAGUAAUGAAACUGUCCCUAGCACAGCUGCUGUUCCUGCAUCUUGCAGCAUGGAUGUUUCUCCAAGUAAAUCAGAUGGACUUUCAGUUUCUUUGGAUGAGACAAUGUCUACUUGUGAGUCUUACAAGAGUCCUGAAGUUGAAUACAUUGACAACAAUGAUCUUCCAGCAGUUGAUUCUAUCAACAGAAAGACAUUAAGCAACCUCUACAUUUCAGACCAUGAAGAAAAAACAGGAAAUAUCUGCAAUAGAGAUGUCCUUGCAGAGAUGGAUACAGAUGAUAAAAUUGUUAAUGUUGAUAACAAUUACAUGGAUCCACAGCUUUGUGCAACCAUUGCUUGUGAUAUUUACCAGCACUUGCGUGCCUCUGAGGCAAAGAAAAGGCCUUCCACAGACUUCAUGGACAAAAUUCAAAAGGACAUCAAUGCCAGCAUGCGUGCAAUAUUAAUUGAUUGGCUUGUGGAGGUGGCUGAAGAGUACAGGCUCGUACCUGACACAUUAUAUUUGACCGUAAACUACAUAGACCGGUAUCUUUCAGGGAAUUUGAUGAAUAGGCAACGGUUACAGUUACUUGGUGUUGCGUGCAUGAUGAUUGCCUCCAAAUAUGAGGAGAUUUGUGCACCCCAGGUAGAAGAGUUCUGUUACAUAACUGAUAACACAUAUUUCAAGGAAGAGGUUUUGCAAAUGGAAUCUGCAGUUUUGAACUACUUGAAGUUUGAAAUGACAGCACCAACAGCUAAAUGUUUCUUAAGGCGAUUUGUUCGUGCUGCUCAAGGAAUAAAUGAGAUUCCAUCAUUGCAGUUGGAGUGCUUAGCCAACUACAUUGCAGAAUUAUCUCUCUUGGAGUACAGUAUGCUUUGCUAUGCUCCAUCACUUAUAGCUGCUUCAGCAAUUUUCUUGGCCAAUUAUUUUCUUUUCCCUUCAAAGAGACCAUGGAAUUCCACCUUGCAGCAUUACACACUUUACCAGCCUUCUGAUUUGUGUGACUGUGUCAAGGAUCUCCAUCGCCUGUGCUGCGAUAGCCAUAAUUCUAGUUUACCUGCUAUCAGGGAGAAAUACAGUCAGCAUAAGUACAAAUAUGUGGCGAAGAAGUAUUGCCCCCCUACAUUACCUCCAGAGUUUUUCCACAGUUUAAGUCACUAGACAUUUGGAUUCCUGGUCCAAUGCUACAGUUGGAUAUAGACUUGACAUCAGUUCACGGAUACUAGCAGCUAGUUGGUUCCAAGCAAUGGAAUAUUUUCUUUUUCUUUUUCUUUUCUUCUGCCAUUUUGUAUAAUGUCUUCUUUUUCACGAUUUCAUUGUUAAUGUAGUACGUUAGUAUUUUUGUGCAUACUGUCGGGGGUUCUGCUGAUUCCACUGUUUCAGUGAAAUGUAAACUCCAAAUGUUGUAUGAUAUGCCUUCUUUCUUUCCCA